AUGGUGGGUACAGGAGUGGCCGAAGCGGACGCUGAGACAACUGAGGGAGGGGAGGAGGAGGGGGACAGUGGGGGUUCGGGAGACCGAUCAAUGUUAGUUGUCGGCGUGGAUGAUGAAGCAGAACUGGACGAGGAGACAGCAGCCGGUGUAGUUCGGGUGCUGCAGUUUGUACAAAUAUGUCCUACAAAGCCGAUUGCUGCCGGAACGUCCGCCGCCAGCGUGGGCAGGUCGAGGCUGGUUGAGCGUUGGCGUUGCGAUGUGGGUGCAGUUGGAAUCUGUGAGCGUCACUUUUAACUUUCGCGGCGGUGAUGCGAUGGCCGCGCCUGUCUUCACUGUCCUUCUUCAGGUCUACUGAUCUCGAGCAAGGUCUUGUCUGUUGGCGGGGUUGAUCUGCAGACGAUUCAGAGAAGUGUCCAGAGUGUCCCUGUGGCGACAUCUCCGUCGAAGAGUCGUUUAUGUAGCCGAUCUUAGUCCAUCCACAUGAGGUGGCCGCUCCGGACCAUUUGCAGCUGUCUCAGCAUGGCACAAAUUCUGGGGAUUUCCGUCCGCUCCAGUAAAUCCGUGUCAUGAAUCCGGCCCUGUCAUUUCAGCUUCAAUUUCCAUCGAAAACAGCUGAGACGAAAAUGAUUGAGUCUCCGCGCCUGCUUCUUGUACACUGUCCAGGUCUCCGUUGCAUACAGCAGCUUCGGCAGGAUGACCGCUUUGUCCAUCCUCAGUCUGAUGUUGAGGUGGAGCCCGUGGUGAUUCCAAACGGUGCUUUUCAGACGGCCAAAGGCUUGCCUAGUUUCGGAGAUUCGUCGGACCGCUUCAUUGCCGAUCUUGGUGGUGAGGGAGAGGAUGCUGACGAGGUAGAUCAAACUGUCCACGACUUGCAGCUGGACGUCGUUCACGUCACUUUUGGAUGCGACUUAGGCGGCGUUGUGUGGCGACUGCUGCAUAACCACUGCUGUCUCCAUGUUAAUGACCAGACCGAAGUUGUUACAGGUGGCGGCGACGGCGAUGGCAGCGGCGAAUAG